AAAUGGCGAGUCUUUAUAUUCAGAUAUUCAAUGUCUUUAGAGUUGGACUGUUAUCAUUUUGUAUGAUUAACUGAAAGCCGUAUCACUUUGAGCAUUGAAACGUGUGAAUAGAUUUCUGUUUGUGGCAAAGAUGGUAAAAGUACAUCAUGUAACUGGUUAUGACCACUUUCUAAGAUUUGUUAAAGAUAUUAAGAACGAUAAUCAAGUUACAAACAUUCUCUUCAGCGGAUCUAAACUAGAAAAUGGUUUGAGCUGGUGUAGUGAUUGUGUAGAAGCAAACCCGUUCAUCGAAACUGCAUUGAAGAAAGCUCCAGAAGAUUCACAUUUCAUCUACGUGGAUGUUGGGGAUCGAUCCACAUGGAAAAAUAUGAACAACCCGUUUCGUAAGAAUACCGACACACAUCUUAGUGUUAUUCCUACUUUGAUACGUUGGAAGCAACCACAACGACUAGAAGGCGAGCAAUGUACUAAGAGAGAUUUGCUGGAGAUGUUUUUUAGCGAUGAAGAAUAAUUGUAUAAUGUUUUAUACUGCUACAUAUUGUAUGUAAUAAAUGCGAUUAAACAUA